AUGAACGGAUAUUUUGUUCCAGAGCCGAACUACACUGGCCAGCAGGAAGAUCCCCAGAUCGUAGAAAUCGAGAAACGCGGCAAUUGCAAGAACUAUACAAUUAAGACGUUGGCAGACUGCGUCCGUCAAGAGUUACCUCUACGAGUAAGCGUCGGUUCAGCAACCAAGAAAGACGACUACGCCGUGUACAAUUGCACGGUCUCGAGUGUGACAACUAAGAAUACAUGGAGUGUUUCCUAUCGCUACUCGGAGUUUCUUGAUUUUCGAAACAAGGUAGAGAAGCUUUGGACUUGCCAAUCCAAGAAUUGUUGUGGCUCGUGUCAAGCCAUUCGUGAUGUCCUAGUUGCUUUCUUUCCUAAAAAGUGCCCAGUGGUCAUGUCAACUUGGCAUGCAACUGUGAAUCACCGCAAAACAAAGCUGGAAAAUGUACUUGUACAUUUGCUACGCUGCAUCCUCCUUCCUGGCAGUGCAAUGAAGUGCUUUCACGCUCGUCAGAAACUUCCUUCAAACAUCUUCGACUUUCUCGGCGUGAAGGACGAUACCGACAAGCGCUCUCUUUUGCAAGUAUUCGUGGAUAACAACCAGCCUGGUAUCAAAAAGUCAGCAACCACAACUGAUCUAACAAUGCUAGAGCAUGAGUGUGGAAUGAAGAAAUCAUCAACCGCACCCAACCUGUCAUCGCUGGAUCGAAGUGAAUCCACCAAUGUGGAACAAUGCAUGAUAUGUUUGGAAGAAAUCCACCUGAACACCUCGGAACAAAGUCGACCAAACGACUCAUCUCCCAUCAUUUUGAAUUGCAACCAUACGUUUCAUCGCGAGUGCGUUUUCGAGUGGCUACUGUUUUCUUACCAGUGCCCAAUGUGCCGAGACCAAAUCGGUCCAUCUGCUGUUACCAACUACUGCCGUCCAAAGAAUCAAGUGCAGUGGUGGCUUGGCAACUUUGCUGAGAAUCCAUUAAGCUCAGUAACUAAGUAA